AUGAAUCCCAAGACUUCAGUUGUGUCUAAUUCUCUACACAGAGAUCAACAUGGUGCAUCCGUGCAGCCGGUUUAUAUGUCCACUACCUUCAAGGUGGAUCUGCGGAGCGAUGGACAAGCAUACGAUUACUCAAGGUCAGGAAAUCCCACUAGAUCUCUAUUGCAUAGACAACUCGGUCAACUGUACAACGUGCCAGAGUCUCAGGUCCACGCUGUAAGUUCGGGUAUGACUGCUUUGGAUGCGAUCAUGCGCGGCUUAAUUCUUUCGAACACAUCUCACGUACCCACUAUUCUAGCUGGUGAUGACCUCUACGGUGGUUCUGAUAGACUCUUAACGUUUUUGAAAACAAGGUGUCAUGCAAGAACGAUUAAUGUAGACACUUCAAAUUUUGAUAAAUUUCAAGAGGCCUUUCUUUCGGUCGAUAAAGUCGAUUGCGUUCACAUCGAAUCUCCAACAAACCCAAUGUGUAAAGUGGUGGAUGUUCCAAGAAUAAUAUCAUUUGUUAAGAGUGUGUCUCCUCAGACCUACGUGAUCGUCGAUAAUACUAUGAUGAGUGGACUACUGUGUAACCCAUUGUCCCUUGGAGCCGAUGCCGUUUACGAAUCCGCUACCAAGUUUCUCAAUGGUCACCACGAUAUCAUGGCAGGUGUUGUAGUUUCACGCAAUCAGAAAAUCGCUGAUGCAAUUUACUUUGUGGUCAAUGCGACAGGAUGUGGAUUAGCGCCAAUGGACUCUUGGCUGCUGAUUAGAGGGUUGAAAACUUUAAGCGUACGUCUUUACCAGCAACAGUUCAAUGCAAUGGUGCUAGCAGAAUGGUUGGAGCAAUCGUGCGGGUUUAAACAAUCCAAGGACAACUCGCUGUUGCGUACAAGAUACGUCGGUUUACAAUCUCACCCACAAUUUAGUCUGCACAGGUCGUUUAAUGAUGGUCCUGGUGCGGUGCUUUCAUUCGAGACCGGAUCCACACCGCUGUCUCGUCGUAUAGUGUCUUCUAAGGCUCUUAAGAUUUGGUCAGUAACGGUUUCAUUCGGCUGUGUCAAUUCUUUGAUUUCACUUCCUUGCAGCAUGUCGCAUGCUUCGAUAGAUCCUAACGUGAGGAAGGAAAGAGAGUUCCCAGAGGAUCUAAUUAGACUCUGCGUAGGGAUUGAAGAUAUCGUCGACUUGCAAAAAGACUUGCUUGCAGCCAUGGUGGAUGCAGGCGUAUUAGAAUUGAAAGGCGAUACCAUUUACAACAAGCUCAAUGGCCAUAAGGCUACCAAUACUAUUGGUCGUAAGCAAUACGUGCAGCGCAGUAUUUAUGACGUUUUCUACGGCGAACCAUUAGUGCAUUCACAACAAAGAUUUUCCAAUAGAUCAAUAAAACUUUAG